UAUUGUCUGCAUGUCGGAAAUUAAAACGUUGUCGUUUUCUUUCUGCAAACGACAUCGUCUCCUACCUUCUCUUUCUCUGUCUCUGUGAAAUGAAUUUCAUUUUUAUAAUUUCUUUCACUCUCUCUUAAACAUACACUCGAUUUCACAGCUGAAGCAAUUUCAUGCCCAAUUCGUUAAAAUUAGGGUUCCAUUUUCAUGUAAUUUCAGCUCGAAAAUUAUGUCCGCGGAGGAAAUCGCCUUAGUCCCCUCCCAAAACGGCCUAAAUUCCCAACUUGUUUUUCAAGACGACCCCUUGCGCUUCAAUUGCGGCCCUCCUCAGCGCCGGGUCGGAGGGGAUCCGGGCCCCAAAACCACCACCCGAGAACUCUCCGGCUUUAUCGACGAUAAGCUUUUCUCUUCCCCUAACUCCGCUGCCGCAGCCGCCAACGACCGUUACUUCCCCUCCCACCAGGGUGGCCCUGAAUUCCCGCGCAAUAUGUACCGGGAGAAUCGUAGUUGGAACGGGAAUGGGACUAGUGGUGAUGAAUCGGACGGCGAGGACGACGACGACGACGACGACGACGACGAUGAGGCCAAUGAUGAUGACAUUGACGGUGGAGAUGGUGACCAUGAUAAUGUAGAGGGACUGGUUGCUGUUGAUAAUAUUAAUUGUAACAAUAACAACAAUAACAAUAGCUGCAAAAGCAAUAUUAAUAACACUACCACUACUACAACUGCUACUACGACAACCAAUACUGUUAAUGUAGAUAAAAUGGGAAAUGGAAUUGGAAAGCCGAAGAACCUUUCUUCUUUCGUGGGGACUAGUGGGGAAGUGAUAGCAGUGAAAGAUGGAGGCGGGCAUAUAGGCCAAACAGGGACUAACGCUGUUACAAUAGCAGAACCUGAUGGGGAGAUGUAUUACUCUCAGUAUUUGCAGGCAACAGAGGGGGCUGGUAGUGGAGGGAAAGAUGUAGGUGUGGAGAAUGGUUGCGGUUUUAGUGGAAGAAAGGAAAGUUCGUCAUUUUCUAUUGAGUCUGGAGAGUCCUUGAGAGCCAUUCUAUCAGACGCCGUCACGGGAGCUCUAAUGGAUGAUGCAAUGAUAUUGCCAUGUGGGCAUUCAUUUGGAGCUGGUGGAAUACAACAUGUUAUCAGAACGAAGGCUUGCUAUACUUGUUCACAAUCAAUUUCUGAAGAUGCAAUAGCUCCUAACCUCUCUCUCCGAGCUGCCGUACAGGCAUUCCGCCGGGAAGAGGAGUUACAAUUUUAUCGCUCAUCCAAACGAAGGAGAGAGAGGUUUGACCAGGAUAAAGGUGUUUAUGGUGAUUCAACUGCAACAGAUACCCCAAGGGGUCGGGGUGUGCAGUUCCCUUUCGCUGUAACAGACCGGGUUAUUAUAAAGGGAAACAAGAGGACGCCACAACGGUUUGUUGGGCGUGAGGCUGUUGUGACAACUCAGUGCUUAAAUGGAUGGUAUGUGGUGAAGACAUUGGAUAAUGCAGAGAGUGUAAAAUUGCAGUAUCGUUCUCUGGCCAAAGUUUCAGAAGAUCCAACCAAAGCAAUGUCAAGCAAGCUGCCCCCAAUUGGCACUAGUCUUUAUACUUAAUGAGGCGGUAAUUUGUUACCAAAUUCCCACGUUUCACACACUUAAUCUAACUUAUAGUUUACAGCUUUCUUGUUUGUACCCUUUCUAUAUUGUAUUCUUACAGGCAAAUAUCUGAAGGCCUUGUAAAUUAUAGAAGCCCUGUUACAGUUAAUCUCAGGAACCCAGGAAUGUGAUUUUGAGAUGUCAACAAUAUGUAGUCAUUUUUGUUUUAUAUAGCAUUGCAGUCAUCUUUGUAUUUUUUUUCGUUUAUGCAUACAAUUGUCCUGUAACCAAUUUUUGUUUAUAGUAUCAUGAGUGCUGGCCAUUUCAUUUUUUUCAA